AUGGUGACCAACACGAGCGCGGAAGAGGUGGCGGCCGGAGCGACCGGAGCGGUCGGAGCAGCUGAGAUCGAGGUCGACGCUGGCAAAAAGGCAGCUCAGGCUGAGGCACCCGCCCCCGCUGCUGCCGCCGAGGUCGACGACGAGGCCAACGAAGAGCUGGCCGAGGCCGAGGGAGGGGAUAACGCUGAAAGCCAAAAGAAGAAGAAGAAGAAGAAGAAGAAGAAAUCCAAGAGUGGCAAUGCGAAGGAGCAAACCGAUCCCCCAACCAUCCCCGUCACCCAGCUCUUCCCGGCGCGGAAAAUGCCCGAGAAUGAGACCCACCAGUACAAGGAUGACAACUUGCAACGCACAACGGCCGAGGAGAUCCGGGCGCGUGACCGUCUCAUGGAGGAGCAGAUCCAGGAUCUUCGUGAGGCCGCCGAGGCUCAUCGCCAAGUGCGCAGCUAUGUUCAGCGCAUUGCCAAGCCUGGCAUCAAGAUGAUUGACCUCUGUGAAAAGCUGGAAACGGCUAGCCGUGCCUUGAUCGGUGAAGAUGGUCUCAAGCGUGGUCUCGCGUUUCCUACUGGCUGCUCUCUCAACCAUGUGGCAGCGCAUUGGACCCCCAAUGCCGGUGAUGAAACCGUGCUUCAGUAUGACGAUGUGUGCAAGAUCGACUUUGGAACCCACGUCAAUGGCCACAUUAUCGAUUGUGCCUUUACCCUCUCAUUCAACCCCAAAUAUGACAAUUUGCUGGCUGCUGUCAAGGAUGCAACCAACACCGGCAUUCGCGAGGCUGGUAUUGAUGCCAACUUCCAGGACAUUGGCGCCGCUAUUCAGGAGGCCAUGGAGUCGUAUGAGAUUGAACUCGACGGCAAGACGUAUCCCAUCAAGAGCAUUGAAAAUCUCAAUGGUCACUCCAUUGGCCCUUAUCGGAUCCACGCCGGAAAGUCGGUACCCAUUGUCAAGCGUGCAGAGGAGGGACGCAUGGAAGAAGGGGAGGUGUAUGCGAUUGAGACUUUUGGCAGCACUGGUCGCGGUCGUGUUGUGGAGGACCUCGAGUGCAGCCACUAUAUGCGCAAUCCCGAGUGCCCCCAUCAGCCUCUGCGCACCAAGGGCGCUCGCGACCUCUUGCAUCUCAUCAACCAAAACUUUGAUACGCUGGCCUUUUGCCGUCGCUGGAUCGAUCGCUUGGAUCAGAGCCGCUAUCUAUUCUCUCUCAAGCAGCUCUGCGACGUGGGCUUGGUGGAUGCAUACCCCCCGCUGGUUGAUAUCAAGGGCAGCUACACGGCUCAGUACGAGCAUACGCUCAUUCUGCGUCCCGGCUGCAAGGAAAUCCUCAGUCGCGGCGACGAUUAUUAAGCCAUGUACCGAUCGCAACGCAGUUGCAUCCAGUCUGCCUGCUUGAUGCUUUGUGCAUCUGUAUGUGCUUCCAUGACCAUGUCACGGUUCUUUUGUUCUUGUUUUCGUAUUGCUCUGCCUGUCUGAUGUUUCAGAGCCAUGUGCUUCCUUGAUAUCUUGUGUAUGAAUCAGCGAUUCCUUGUUGUCUCUUGUCGCAUGGGUGGCGCUUCCUACGCCUCCCCUCGCCACUUCUCGUCUACAGUGAUGAGACUGCUGUCUCCGCCCAUGGCAUGUGUUGUCUGCAUGGCCAAAAAUCGAUCAAGUCGACC